GUUAUCUCUUUACAGACGGGGUGGGGUGAAAGUACACAUGGUUUUUUUCAUGCUAUUUUAUUCCAGACUUUGACCGUGCAGCUACUCUGACAUACUUGACAAAGAACUGCAGGAUGAUUCACAUGAAGGACAGACUCCUCUUGGAACCUCAGCUCAGUGUCUUCAGUGCAUUGGUCUUGCAUCACACUGUGGUCCUCCUCCUCCUAAUACACUCUGGUGGAGGUCAGUCUCAGGUGAUUGGUACAUCUCAGCCAAUAGUGGCAAAGGUUGGUGAUGACAUAACUUUGCCAUGCCACCUGGAAACUGUUGGGGAUGCUACUGACCUGACUGUGGAGUGGGCGAGACCUGACCUAGAGCCCAGAUUUGUCUAUUUGAGACGAGACGGCGUGGAGCUUCAGCUUGAGGAGCAUCCAUUGUACAUGGGGAGAACAUCACUGUCCACCAAGAAACUUACAUGUGGAGAUAUUUCUCUUAAACUCUCCAAAGUAAAACUCUCUGAUGCAGGAACCUACAAAUGCCUUGUUCCAAAAUCUGGUACAGAAUCUGUUGUCGAGCUUACUGUAGGUUCUGUCUCCUCACCUGACAUAAAGAUAUCCAAAGUCAGCAAUGGUGUGGUUCUACAGUGUGAGUCUAAAGGCUGGUAUCCAGAGCCUGAGGUGUUGUGGCUGGACGGUGAGGGAAACCUCCUCUCUGCUGGACCUACAGAGACAGUCAGAGGUCCUGAUGAUCUCUAUACUGUCAGCAGCAGAGUGACUGUGGAGAAGAGACACAGCAACAGCUUCAGCUGUAGAGUCCAGCAGAAGAACAUCAACCAGACCAGAGAGACAACUAUCCAUCUUCCAGAUGAUUUCUUCAUGGAGCAGUCUAAUUCUGCUGUUCGCAUCACCAUCUGCUUGGCUGUCUGCUUCAUGUCUGUCAUGGCAGUCUUUGUUUUGUGGAAAUGUGGACCACACCAAAUCAAAACCACAAACGGCAGCACAGAACUUCAGCAUCUGGUGGAGGGAGAUAAAAGGACUCAGUUGGACAUGAAAGAGGAAAAACUUGAUGAGGACUUACAGAAGAAUGAGGGAGAUUUGAAACAUGUACAACAGGUGAUUCAAAUAUUGAUGAACCAGAGAGACAAACUGAACUCACUACUGGAUGAGGACAGGACACAGAGAGAGAAGAACAACGAGAAGCUGAAGAACCUCCCCAAAACAGACACAGGUAAAAAAAUGGAAAAGCGUGUAAAGACCAGAGAGGAUCUGGACAGGAGAGAGAAAGAACAUGAUGAACUGUUAUGGAACACAGGGGAGUUACAGAAGACAGCAGAGCAGAUUAUUACUAUAAUGACAGAAAGGAAAGAGAAACUAGAGAGAGAUAAGGAGAAAAUAAAUGAACACCUGAAAGAGACAGAGAGACAGAGAGAAGAGACUCAGAAGAAACUUCAGUUAGAGCAGCAAGUGAGAGAAGAGGAAAAAAAUAAUCCAUCCUCCAAUGAUGAUAAAUGAAGAAUUACGUAUUCAUAUUAGAUCCACAGUGUUGUCAAUCUACCUGAUCAUUCCAAACCAGCUGUGACCACAGUGAAGUUUGUCAGUCUAUUCUUUGCUCACUUCCUCCAGGUCAAGUCACUAAAGAACCAUUCACAUUUGACAUCAUUAAAAUGAACGAAGCAGGGUGCUGCAUUAACUUGAAUUUCAGAAAUCAUUUUUUUCUCAUCAUUGUCUUGCAUAAUGUUGCAUUCUUUUUAAAAGAUUGUACUAUAUUAUUCUUUUGCUGUAUUUGCUGUAAAAUUCAUGUUAGGCUGUACUUCACUGACAUAAAUAAUACUCACUGACAUAAAUAAUACUGUGAUUAAAUAAUCCUGAAAAUGUAUGAUAGAUAUCAGCAUCACCAAUUAUUUUAUUAAUGGUUAAAGUUUAAAUACAAAUUUAUAGUAGGCAUAUUUUUAUUUAAUUUUACCCAGAUUUGAUCUUUUGUCCCAAUUUACUGAUUGUGCUGUUGUGUUUACUUCAGGUUAGACAGUAACAGUCAUCCCACAAUCAGUUUCUCCUAACACUCCUAAAACCAGAACGUUGUUUUUCUUGCAGUCAUUGAUGUUUUAUAGCUGAGAAAUACAGAUGUGUUUUUGAUAACAACUGUACAUGACAAAUAAAUGAACAUUUUCUAGUCCAUCUAAUGAAGGCUGUCACAUUU